GUUUUGGCGUCUGAGGCGAGUUUCUGUCUCAGUCGGGCGCAGCCGCCGCCGGGGAAAAGAAAGGGAGGAAGGAAGGAACAAGAAAAGGAAAUAAAAGAGAAAGGGGGAGGGGAAAGGCAACUAGCUGUCCGGCAUCCGUCAAGGGAGUGAAGGCAGAAAAGUUCUCAGGCGCCGCAAGUCCGGGUCUCUCGCAGCCCCUCCCGAGGCGCAGCCGCCAGACCAGUGGAGCCGGGGCGCAGGGCGGGGGCGGAGGCGCCGGGGCGGGGGAUGCGGGGCCGCGGCGCAGCCCCCCGGCCCUGAGAGCGAGGAGAGCGCCGCUCCCGCCGCCCAGCCGCCCUCGCCGCUUCUCCCGUCUCGGCCCGACGAGCCGGGGCGCCCGGGCGGAGCCCUCAGCCCGCCUGGUCGGGGUGCGCGUCGAGGGAGGCAGAAACCAUGGAUCCCGGGCAGCAGCCGCCGCCUCAGUCGGCCCCCCAGGGCCAAGGGCAGGCGCCCACGCAGCCCCCCCAGGGGCAGGGCCCGCCGUCCGGGUCCGGGCAGCAGGCACCCCCGGGGUCCCAGGCGGCGCCGCAGGCCCCCCCCGCCGGGCACCAGAUCGUGCACGUCCGGGGGGACUCGGAGACCGACCUGGAGGCGCUUUUCAACGCCGUCAUGAACCCCAAGACAGCCAACGUGCCCCAGACCGUGCCCAUGAGGCUCCGGAAGCUGCCUGACUCCUUCUUCAAGCCGCCGGAGCCCAAAUCCCACUCCCGACAGGCCAGUACUGAUGCAGGCACUGCAGGAGCCCUGACUCCACAGCAUGUUCGAGCUCAUUCUUCUCCAGCUUCCCUGCAGCUGGGAGCCGUAUCACCUGGGACACUGACUCCCACUGGAGUAGUCUCUGGCCCAGCAGCUACACCAGCUGCUCAACACCUUCGACAGUCUUCUUUUGAGAUACCUGAUGACGUACCUCUGCCAGCAGGCUGGGAGAUGGCGAAGACAUCUUCUGGUCAGAGAUACUUUUUAAAUCACAUCGAUCAGACAACAACAUGGCAGGACCCCAGGAAGGCCAUGCUCUCCCAGAUGAACGUUACCGCCCCCACCAGUCCACCAGUGCAGCAGAAUAUGAUGAACUCGGCCUCAGGUCCUCUUCCUGAUGGAUGGGAACAAGCCAUGACUCAGGAUGGAGAAAUAUACUAUAUAAACCAUAAGAACAAGACCACCUCUUGGCUAGACCCAAGGCUUGACCCUCGUUUUGGUAAAGCCAUGAACCAGAGAAUCAGUCAAAGUGCUCCCGUGAAACAGCCACCACCCCUGGCUCCCCAGAGCCCACAGGGAGGAGUCAUGGGUAGUGGCAACUCCAACCAGCAGCAACAGAUGCGGCUGCAGCAACUGCAGAUGGAAAAAGAGAGGCUGCGACUGAAGCAGCAAGAACUGCUUCGGCAGGUGAGGCCACAGGCAAUGCGGAAUAUCAAUCCCAGCACAGCAAAUUCUCCAAAAUGUCAGGAAUUAGCUCUCCGUAGUCAAUUACCAACACUGGAGCAGGAUGGUGGGACUCAAAAUCCAGUAUCUUCUCCUGGGAUGUCUCAGGAAUUGAGAACAAUGACGACCAAUAGCUCAGAUCCUUUUCUUAACAGUGGCACCUACCACUCUCGAGAUGAGAGUACAGACAGUGGACUAAGCAUGAGCAGCUACAGUGUCCCUCGAACCCCAGAUGACUUCUUGAACAGUGUUGAUGAGAUGGAUACAGGUGAUACUAUCAACCAAAGCACCCUACCCUCACAGCAGAACCGUUUCCCAGACUACCUUGAAGCCAUUCCUGGGACAAAUGUGGACCUUGGAACACUGGAGGGAGAUGGAAUGAACAUAGAAGGAGAGGAGUUGAUGCCAAGUCUGCAGGAAGCUUUGAGUUCUGACAUCCUUAAUGACAUGGAGUCUGUUUUGGCUGCCACCAAGCUAGAUAAAGAAAGCUUUCUUACAUGGUUAUAGAGCCCUCAGGUAGACUGAAUUCUGCAUCUGUGAAGGAUCUAAGGAGACAAGACGUGUAUACCUGAAAUGUCCAAAUAAGCCAGUUGCAAUCUUCUGGCUAAUACAGAAAAAGAUGAACAAACGUCCAGCGAGACUCUUUCAUCCACUAGUUUGCUCUUUGUUGUCCAUUGCUGCUGUUAAUAUAUUGCUGACCUCUUUCAUAGUUGCCUCUAAAGAAUCAAAAAAAGCCUUUUUUUGUUUCUUUUGCUAUUAUAACUACUGUUUGUUUCGGGGGCUGGGGGAAGUGAGCCUGUUUGGAUGAUGGAUGCCAUUCCUUUUGCCCAGUUAGAUGUUCACCGAUCGUUUUAACUAAAUACUUAGAAUUGGAAGUGAAAUGCUUCAUGUCACAGCAUUUAGUUUGUUCAAGCAAUUGUUUCUUCAGCUGCCUUUGGCCAGUGGGAAAACAUGACUUACUGGUCUGACAAGCCAAAAAUGUUGUAUCUGAUAUUAAGUACUUAAUGCUGAUUUGAAGAGAGAGCUGAAACCAAGGCUGAAGACUGUUUUACUUUCAGUGUUCUUUUUCCUCCUAGUGCUAUCAUUAGUCACAUAGUGACCUUGAUUUUAUUUUAGGAGCUUAUAAGGCAUGAGACAAUUUCCAUAGAAAUGUAUUAAUUACUGCCACAUACUCUAUAGGUUUUGGUGGGGUUUAUUGUGGGUUUGUUUUGUUUUUGUUUCGUUUUGGUUGGUUGGGUUUUCUUCGGAACCUAGGCGAAUUACAGUAGUAGUGAAUCUGUUUAUAGUUGUAGCUCGGGACGGUUAUUGUAGUUACUUUGGUAAAAUCUACAUUUCUUGAUUUUUUUACCAUCAUAUUUAAAUCUUGAUUAUCUGCUCUAUAUAUACCCAUACAUACACUUAUGAUGUUUAUGAUAGUGUGAUAGCAGAAUGUAUCUUUUUUUAGGUUUCCCUACUUUCCAAUUUAUUUUAAAAUGGUAGCUUUGAAUGUAUGCAUUUAGAAUACAUGAUUAGUAGUUUAUAUUUCACAGGUAGUUUAAAUCUGGUUGGGGCAGUCUGCAGAUGUUUGAGGUAGUUUAGUGUUCUAGAAAGGGCUGUUGUUAUGGAUCGUGCCUAGAGGAGUACUGUAUGCCCUCUGGACACACAAUAAAUAUUAUCUGAUGAAUUUGAAAGAAGCAAACAAGAAAUGGCUUUAUUUUCCCCUUGUUACUCCCUUGGACUAAUUUUAAGUUUUGAUGGGAAAUCACUGAGUAGGUUCAUAAUAUCCAUGACAGAGGUAAGCUUUAUAUAAUGAUGUACCUUCCUUUAGCUUGGGAAGUUUACCUUCGCCUUAGUUUCGGAAGUAAAUUCUAGUACUUUUAGUUCUCAUUUGUAAUGAACACAUUAAAGACUACAUUGAAAUAUUGCCUACAAGAUUGUUCUUACUUAUAAGACUUGCUCCUACUUCUGUAUGCUGAGAAUUGGCCCUGGACAGUAUAUAGGAUACUGUAGGGUCACAAGUUAGCUGGUAAAGUGAUUAGAUUAAUAAAUGUAUAUUGGUAGUUGAAUUUAGCAAAGAAAUAGAGAUAAUCAUGAUUAUACCUUUAUUUUUACAGGAAGAGAUAUAACUAGAGUAUGUGUCUACAGGAGUAAUAAUGGCUUCCAAAGAGUAUUUUUUAAAGGAACAAAAUGAGCAUGAAUCAACUCUUCAGUAUAAGCUAUGAAGUAAUAGUUGGUUGUGAGUUAUAGUGGCACCAGCUAGCACCUCUAUGAUUAAGGGUUUUUCAGUGUGUCUGGAAUAAGCCCUUAUUUUCAAGGGUUUAUAACAGACAUAAAAUCUCUUUUCCUGACUAAAACUGCUAUGAAAAGCUUCGACUUAGGAAGAUAGGUUUUAUUUUUUUUUUUUUAACUAAUUACAAAAUCUAAAUAUUUGACCCUUCAAUUUAGAGGAGUGCAAAAGUUGGAAGUAAGAAGUUUUAUAUUAAGUACUUUCAGUGCUCAAAAAAAUGCAAUCACUGUGUUGUAUAUAAUGAUACAUAGGUCGAUCAUUCGUAAUAAAAUUAACUCUAAGGCUUUUAUUAAGAAAACAACAGAAAGAUUAAAUCUUGAAAUAAGUCUAGGGGGAAAUAGCCACUGUGCAGAUACAUUGAUUUUUUUUUUUAAUAGAGUAAUAAUGAAAUUCUACCUAGAAUGCAUAAUUGAGUAUAUGGAUAUAUAGCAUGUUGGUUUUUUUAUGUGCAGAAGAUCAAAGCUACUUGGAAGGAGUGCCUACAAUUUGCCAGUAAGCCACAAAUUAAGAUCGCAUCUUAUAUAUCAGCAGAGUAGCUUUAGACUGGGGGGGAGGGUGGAAAUGUGGGAGGGGGGUUGUGAAGACUUAGUGGGACCUUGAUAGAGAACUUUAUAAGCUUCUUUUUCUUCAGUAAAGACUUGUCUUGCAUCUUGUUGUCAUUAAAGGCAGUUGUUCCUAAAAUUUCAGUCACUUAAGUACACCCACAAAACAAGAAUAUGGAGUUCUUCAUUUCCCUUUGACUUUAAUUUACCCAGUUAUACCUCACCGUUGUAGCAGCACUGUGGUACCUGACAGACACAGUGCUUGCAUCUUAUCGUGCCCUCUGUACUGACCUGAAGGAGACCUAAGAGUCCUUGCUCUUUCUGAGUUUGAAUCACAGCCUUGAUGUGGUCCUCCUUAUUUUAUGUCCUUGUUCCUAGUGUAAAAGUGUUUAACUGCUUCUUGGUUGCAUUGGAUAGCAUUGGGAUAAGAUUUUAACUGGGUAUUCUUGAAUUGCUUUUACAAUAAACCAAUUUUAUAACCUUUAAAUUUAUAAGCUUUUUACAUUUGUGUUCUUUUCAGUUAGGGCUACUUAGAUCUACUUAUGGUUGAUGGAGCACAUUGAUUUGGAGUUUCAGAUUUUCCAAAGCACUAUUUGUUGUAAUAACUAUUUUCUAAGUAUAGUGCCUUUUUUAAAAAAGAAAGGAACAUAAAGAAGUGACUUUUAUACAAAUAAUAUUGCUGUUUUCAGUAUUCAUAUUAAAUAGAUGCAUUCUAUAUGGAACCUUGGCAGAAACACUGAAAAUUAACAGUAAUUAAUUGUGUAAUUCAUAAUUCAUACCAAUUAGUGUUGAAAUUCAAACAAAAGAGGCAAUAUCCAGUGAUUAAUUUCAUAGCUUUUGCACAUCUGAGAAAUGAGUGCUCACAUCAACUUUAUCUUCCGCAAGCAUGUUUUUAUAAGAAUUGUGGGUGUGCCUAUCUUAACAAUUGUUUUCUGUAUCUUGAAAAAGUAUUCUCCACACUUUAAAUGUUUUAUAUUAGAGAAUUCUUUAAUGCACACUUGUCCAAUAUAUAUAUAUAGUACCAAUGUUACCUUUUUGUUUUUUGUUUUAGAUGUAAGAGCAUGCUCAUAUGUUAGGUACUUACAUAAAUUGUUACAUUAUUUUUUCUUAUGUAAUACCUUUUUGUUUGUUUAUGUGGUUCAAAUAUAUUCUUUCUUUAAACUCUU